GCCACAUACAUAUAUUGCUCAAGUUAUUGUCACCAUUCCCAAAUGGAAUUUCAUUAAUAAUAAAAAAAAAGUUGCAUGCAAAAAAUAUACUAACUGAAUAGGAAGAGUAGCGAUUCAUCUGCUAUCUCUUUCCAAAAUAUUUAUCUAUGGCUCCAACUCUUACUUCAAACUCAUUUCUACUUACAACCCCACCCCACCCAAGAUUAUCAUUCAAGAAUUCAAGAUUCACUGUGUUUGCAAAGAAAUCUGGACAAUUCCCAUCUUUUCGUUUUGGCAAAUCAUCAGCUGAUGAGUCUUCUAAUGAGGAAAAUCAAGAAACUACAAGCAGUUCUGACAACCCCUUCAAGUUUGAUUUUGGGAAGUUACCUGAUGUGACGUCUUUGAUACCUAUUAGCACCAACCCUUCUUCUGGUUUGGCUUUUGGAAGGCAAAGGGCAAAAGAUCCUGGAACAGUGUUUGUUGCUGGUGCAACGGGGCAAGCUGGUAUCCGCAUUGCACAGACAUUGCUUCGUGAAGGUUAUAGUGUUAGAGCUGGAGUUUCUGACCUUGGUGCAGCACAAGAACUAGCUCGUUUAGCCGUUAGCUACAAGGUAAUCUCUAACGAUGAGUCGAAACGCCUGAAUGCUGUUGCAUCCACAUUUCAAGAUGAAGAAUCAAUUGCAAAAGCAAUCGGAAAUGCUAGCAAAGUUGUGGUUACUAUUGGUAAGGGAGAGAACGGUCCCACGACCGAAGUCACCACAACAGAUGCUGUGCAAGUUAUAGAAGCUGCACAAUUAGCUGGUGUCGGGCAUGUAGCCAUUGUCUAUGAUGAAUCUUCUCCAGUAGGCUCUACCUACAAUGUGCUCGAUGGAAUUACGUCUUUCUUCAACAAUCUGUUCUCAAAAUCUCAACCGUUGACGAUAACGGAGUUUCUGCAGAAGAUAGUGGAGACAGAUCUAAGCUAUACGCUCAUAAAAACCAGCUUAACAGAUGAUUUCUCCCCUGAGAGCUCAUACAAAAUCGUCGUCUCAGCUGAAGGGAGUGCUAGUGCUGGUGCUGACGUCUAUAAAGUGGCGAAGUCUCAGAUAGCUAAGCUAGUGGCGGAUGUUUUCUCCAACACGGCGGUGGCAGAAAAUAAGGUUGUGGAAGUCUCUACUGAUCCGACAGCAACAUCAAAGACUGUGGAUGAACUUUUUAGCGGCAUUCCUGAGGAUGGUCGGAGAAACGCUUAUGCAGAAGCCCUUGAAAAAUUGAAAGCUGAGGAAGAAGCUCGACGAGCAACUGAAGAAGCCAAGAUACAGGAAGUAGAAGCGAAGAAGCUCGAAAAGCAAGGAGCAAAGGCUGCUAACAUUGGAAAAGAACCUGAAGAGACGGCAUCAUCAGCUACCGGUGCAGGAUUUUCAUUCGAAAAGUUUAGCUCACAACUCAAAUCAGCUGUUGAAAAGAAAGAAGCAAAGGGUGCUAACAUUGAAAAAGAAGCUGAAGAGAAGAUGUCGUCAGCUGCCGGUCCAUCUGUUGAAAGCCUAUUGAACCAAGUAAAAGGCUUAAGUGCAGGAUUUUCAAUCGAAAAAUUCAGCUCACAACUCAAAUCAGCUGUUGAAAAGGCCAGUGAGGAAUCGGACGUGAAAGUUGCUACCGUUAGGGGGCAGGCCAAGGCCAAGAAGUUGCCUGCUCAGAAAGCAGUGGUGAAAACGCCUCCAAGGAAACCGUUUGCUUCGAAAACGAAGGAGGCCCCGGAAAAACCAGCUAAACAAACAGAGACUGCAACAGAGAAGAGGAAGAUUUUCGGCGGGCUGUUUCAGCAAGAAACCAUCUAUGUGGAUGACUGAGAUGACUAAGAGAAGGCUAAAUCUUAAUUUUCUUUAUUUCAUUUUAGCCCAAUUAUGAGGUUAAAACAAUGAUUUAACUGAGGCUGAGUGAGAAGCAUGUAAAUCCCUGCACAUUUUCUGUGGAUCUUAGAUUGUAUAUUUGCCUGAAAUGCAACAUUUAAGGCACUUGUUCA